AUGCUGCAACAUGCGAAGCCCGCUCCGUCCUGCAUUCCCUCGACUCCAGCCUCCGCUAUGCACUACGACCUCAAACCCCCAGGUGACCCCUUCCACUGCCUGGUCAAGUCCUUGUCCGACGUGCUGGGCCCAUCAAGUGGGAUAGACUCUGCCGAUGUCAAUCCACAAGACCUCAUCAAUCUCAUGUCAAUAUACACCUCGAAAGAAUCAGAGUGGAAAGACUACGCAUUCGCCGAUCCCAGCCGGAACUACACCCGCAAUCUGGUGGACAAGGGCAACGGAAAGUCCGACCUGCUGAUCGUUGUCUGGAACCCUGGCCGUGGCUCACCUAUCCACGACCAUGCAGACGCUCACUGUGUCAUGAAGAUAUUGAAGGGUUCGUUGACAGAAACCCUUUACAACAAAGUCCUGCCCAGCGCAGACCAAGCAGGCGAUGGUCAAAGGACACCGCCUCAAGUGGUCAAGCAGACGAUGUACGAGCGCGACCAGGUGACCUACAUAUCUGAUGACAUUGGCCUUCACAAGAUCUCCAACCCUUCCGAGACCGAUGUCGCGGUGUCUCUACACCUCUACACCCCGCCUCAUGCAGCCAACUUUGGCUUCAACUUGUUUGACGACAAGACCGGCAAGCGUACUCACAUUAAACAAGCUGGGUUCUUCUCCGAUUGCGGCAAAGUAUUGAGCGAGUCCAAGUUCGGAUCAUUUUGA